AUGGUGGCCAGCGCACCCCGGGCCCUGGGCCUGGGCGGCCCGGGGGCCUUCACCGCCCUGCUGCUCCUGCUCCCGGCCCCCUGGGCCCUCCAUGCUGUCCAGACACCUGCACCCCCGGCCUGUGGGAAGCCCCAGCAGCUGAACCGCAUCGUGGGCGGCGAGGACAGCGUGGACGCCGAGUGGCCCUGGGUCGUGAGCCUCCGGAAGAACGGCUCUCACCACUGCGCCGGCUCCCUGCUCACCAGCCGCUGGGUGGUCACCGCCGCCCACUGCUUCAAGGGCCACCUGAACAAGCCCUCCGACUUCUCGGUGCUGCUGGGGGCCUGGCAGCUGGGGAACCCCGGCCCGCGGGCCCAGGAGGUGGGGAUCGCCUGGGCGCACCCCCACCCCGUGUACUCCUGGAGGGACGCGACGCAGGCUGACAUCGCCCUGGUGCGACUGGAGCGCCCCGUCCAGUUCUCCGAGCGGGUCCUGCCCAUCUGCCUGCCGGACGCCUCCGUGAAGCUGCCUCCCGACACUGACUGCUGGAUCGCCGGCUGGGGCAGCGUCCACGACGGAGUGGCCCUGUCCCACCCCCAGACCCUGCAGAAGCUGAAGGUGCCCAUCAUUGACCCUGAAGUCUGUGGCCGCCUCUACUGGCGAGGAGCGGGGCAGGGGGCCAUCACAGAGGACAUGCUGUGCGCCGGCUACCUGGAGGGUGAACGUGACGCCUGUCUGGGCGACUCCGGGGGACCCCUGAUGUGCCAGGUCGAGGGUACCUGGCUGCUGGCAGGCAUCAUCAGCUGGGGCGAGGGCUGUGCAGAGCGGAACCGCCCCGGCGUCUACAUCAGCCUGAAUGCACACAAGAGCUGGGUGUAG